AUGCCCAUUCGCAACCCCUUUGCUCGCCGCACCGGCACUGCCGCCGCACACGACGAGAACCUGCACCCCGAGCGACAAGAUCCGUACCUGGGCUUCGAGCGUGUUGACACGGUCGGAUCCAAAGCCUCGUCGGCCCUCAGCAUUCGAAGCACCAGGAGCCACGAUACUGGCGAGUACAAGAUGAGUGAGGACAAGGGGCAAUGGCCUCGCAAGUACCUGUCUUCGAGGGCCUCAACGGAAACGGGGAGCAGCCUCGGCGACAUUGAGCACUUUCCCAUCUCCCGCGAAUCAUUUGAUUCCUACCGCAGAUCAUUCGAUAUCACGGCUCGGUCACCCGUAAUUUCCAACGACGGUCUCGGACGACAGAGCCUAGACUCUGCUCGGUUCCGUCGCCUCCCCAGAUCAGCCAUUGACCGCCAGUUUGAGCGCGAGCCUCCCACCGCCGAGGAAGGAUUCGAGGAUGUCGGCUUAGACGACUACAAGCAGCAGCCCCGGAAGCGCGGCUUCUUCUCCAAGCUGACCGAGUCGCAAGAUUCAACCGGUCAACCGACUGUGGCCCGGUUCCUGAUGCCCGGGCGCAAGCGCGGCCAAAGUGGCCAAGGCUCGGAACUUGGGACCAUGGACUUUCCCAAGCUAUCUGACGAGACACGAAACUAG